UUAGAAAUUAAGGAUUGACAUUUUUAACGAGGAUGUUAUUCCUCUUAUAUAGUUUGCACAAGUCCAUUUUGCAGUGUGUACGUAUCUGUGACAGUUAGUAAUAACAUUUUCAAGCAUUAUUACAUUAAUGAUAUCCGCGAAUUAUGAUAUCUGGACAUAUUAACGCACAGAACAGUUAUUAUUAAGUAUUUUACACUAUGCGAAGCACGUAUUAAUGUAAAGUAAAAAGUGUUAAUGUAAAGUAUUAAUCAAAAGCAACGUACGAGCAUGUUGCGUAAGAGCAAUCGGGCAAAGGUUUGCAUCAGAAGAAUUCCCAGUAUAUAUAUUGACGUAAAAGCGUUCGUAUCAAGCAGUUAGUUACAGCGGCUCGCUGUGGCAGUAUCGCUCAAGCUCGCCGAGCCGCUUGGUUGCUCGCGGACAGUUUGCUGUGAGAUCCUCACGUAUCGUCAUGGAAUAUUGGACGAUACCGUUAGCGAUCGUGAUCGGUACUCUCGGUAUCUAUUAUCUUUUUCGAAAUUUCAACUUCUUCAAGAGGCAUGGGGUGAUACACCUGCCGCCACUUCCGAUAUUCGGCAACAUGGCAUCCAUCAUAUUUCGUCGAAAAGCAUUCCCCGAUUUAGUCAUGACUCUAAAUACCAAGUUUCCGGGCGCCAAAUACUUUGGAUUCUACGCUACGACGAACCCGGUCAUCCUGCUUCGUGAUCCGGAAAUAAUCAAAUCUAUCCUGACAAAGAAUUUCGAGACGUUUCCCGAUCGACGCGGCUUCGAAGAUUUCAACGACACCCUGUUCUCGAAGAAUCUGUUCUCUCUUAAAGGACAGAAAUGGAGGGAUGUAAGAUCUCUAUUGAGUCCUUCCUUCACGUCCAGCAAAAUGAAGAUUAUGUUUACACUAAUGUCAGAGUGUGCCGUGGAGUUUGCCGAGUUUCUUUCGACAUUACCAGAGGAUAAAGGAGAUAUGGAUGUAAAGGAUGCGUUUGCUAAAUACACGAACGACGUGAUCGCCACAUGCGCCUUCGGGAUUAAGAUUAACAGCAUGAAGGACCCGACGAACACGUUUUUCGUUUACGGCAAAGACGCGACAAAUUUUUCGGGAUUCCGCACUCUUAAGUUCUUAUUCCUCAGGACUUUUCCACGGCUCGCAAACAUCCUCCAUGUGAGAAUGAUAACCAAGCACGUAUCGGACUUCUUCACGGGAAUUAUAAAGAGCACGAUCGACAUGCGGGACUCCGAAAAUAUUACACGCCCGGACAUGUUGCAAUUGAUGAUGGACAUCAGGGGUAAGGAAGGUCGAAGGGAACUGGACAUCGACGACAUGACCGCGCAAGCGUUCAUAUUUUUCUUCGGCGGCUUCGACACCACCUCGACCGCGAUGUCAUUCGUGGCUCACGAGAUUGCGGCUAACUCGGACGUUCAGAAGAAGUUGCAGGAAGAGAUCGACCAGGUUGUGAAGGAGUCGAAUGGUGAAGUGACUUACGAGACCAUUAAUCGACUUGAAUAUUUAAACGCAGUAAUAAACGAAGGCCUCAGAUUGUAUCCACCGGUCGUCUUCUUGGAACGACUAUGUGCCAAAACGUAUGAGCUGCCGCCUACGCUUCCAGGUGAGAAGCCUUUCAUCAUGAAGAAGGGUAUGACAAUUUGGAUCCCGGUGUUUGCGCUUCAUCGCGAUGAGAAGUACUAUGAUGAACCAGAAAAGUUUCGUCCUGAGAGGUUCUUAAAUAAUGCUUACCACAAUUCGCUGUAUUACCUACCGUUCGGAUCCGGUCCAAGAAUGUGCAUAGCUAACCGAUUCGCUCUGUUGGAAGUCAAAGUCUUGUUAUUUCAUCUGUUGGCACGAUGCGAAUUAAAACCUUGCGCAAAAACCACAAUACCGGUUAAAUUCAGCAAGACUGGUCUUGCAAUAUCGCCCGAGGGCGGCUUCUGUAUCUAUUAUCUUUUUCGAAAUUUCAACUUCUUCAAGAGACAUGGGGUGAUACACCUGCCGCUACUUCUGAUAUUCGGCAACAUGGCAUCCAUUAUAUUUCGUCGAAAAGCAUUCCCCGAUUUAAUCAUGACUCUAAAUACCAAGUUUCCGGGCGCCAAAUACUUUGGAUUCUACGAUAUGGCGACCCCGGUCUUCCUGCUUCGUGAUCCGGAAAUAAUCAAAUCUAUCCUGACAAAGAAUUUCGAGACGUUUCCCGAUCGACGCGGCUUCGAAGAUUUCAACGACACCCUGUUCUCGAAGAAUCUGUUCUCUCUUAAAGGACAGAAAUGGAGGGAUGUAAGAUCUCUAUUGAGUCCUUCCUUCACGUCCAGCAAAAUGAAGAUUAUGUUUACACUAAUGUCAGAGUGUGCCGUGGAGUUUGCCGAGUUUCUUUCGACAUUACCAGAGGAUAAAGGAGAUAUGGAUGUAAAGGAUGCGUUUGCUAAAUACACGAACGACGUGAUCGCCACAUGCGCCUUCGGGAUUAAGAUUAACAGCAUGAAGGACCCGACGAACACGUUUUUCGUUUACGGCAAAGACGCGACAAAUUUUUCGGGAUUCCGCACUCUUAAGUUCUUAUUCCUCAGGACUUUUCCACGGCUCGCAAACAUCCUCCAUGUGAGAAUGAUAACCAAGCACGUAUCGGACUUCUUCACGGGAAUUAUAAAGAGCACGAUCGACAUGCGGGACUCCGAAAAUAUUACACGCCCGGACAUGUUGCAAUUGAUGAUGGACAUCAGGGGUAAGGAAGGUCGAAGGGAACUGGACAUCGACGACAUGACCGCGCAAGCGUUCAUAUUUUUCUUCGGCGGCUUCGACACCACCUCGACCGCGAUGUCAUUCGUGGCUCACGAGAUUGCGGCUAACUCGGACGUUCAGAAGAAGUUGCAGGAAGAGAUCGACCAGGUUGUGAAGGAGUCGAAUGGUGAAGUGACUUACGAGACCAUUAAUCGACUUGAAUAUUUAAACGCAGUAAUAAACGAAGGCCUCAGAUUGUAUCCACCGGUCGUCUUCUUGGAACGACUAUGUGCCAAAACGUAUGAGCUGCCGCCUACGCUUCCAGGCGAGAAGCCUUUCAUCAUGAAGAAGGGUAUGACAAUUUGGAUCCCGGUGUUUGCGCUUCAUCGCGAUGAGAAGUACUAUGAUGAACCAGAAAAGUUUCGUCCUGAGAGGUUCUUAAAUAAUGCUUACCACAAUUCGCUGUAUUACCUACCGUUCGGAUCCGGUCCAAGAAUGUGCAUAGCUAACCGAUUCGCUCUGUUGGAAGUCAAAGUCUUGUUAUUUCAUCUGUUGGCACGAUGCGAAUUAAAACCUUGCGCAAAAACCACAAUACCGGUUAAAUUCAGCAAGACUGGUCUUGCAAUAUCGCCCGAGGGCGGCUUCUGGUUGAACGUUCGACGUAGGAGCGAUACGCAAUUCACAUUUAAGUCGACAAUGGGUAAUGACAUUGUUAGUAAUUAAACCCUUUUAACUUUAAAUUUUCUUUAGAUUGAUAAGGAUUUGGUUUGUUUCAUGAACGAACAUGUGUUUACGAUUAUAUAAUAAAAAUACUUCUAUCAGU